AAAACUUAUUCCGUUAACUAAAUUAUGGCGCUCAGUUCAAGUAUAGCGGACCUAUUGACAACAUUUCAGUUGAUACAACGAUAUAAAACAAUAGCGUUGACAUACACAUAAUUGUUAUAUUUUUAUAGUUAUGGUUCGUUUUAUUAAUUUACAUAUGCUGAUUUGGACUGUUUAUAAUGGUUCAAUAUUUUGUAGCGGCCACCUAAAGAGGAAUGUGACACCUGAAUCUACGUCAUCACAGGUUUAUAGCCAAAAAACCUACAUCGUAUAUACAAAUGCUGAUAAUUACUUUAGAAUUGCCGAUCCUAUACGCGGUCAUAAUUUUGAAAAAAAAAAAUUUAAAAUUGAAGACUAUUUUUACUCAAAUGUUUUUAACAUAACAUCACCUGGUGGAAUAAUUUAUGUUUCAAAUAGUUUUCUAUUGAAGCAAAUUAAUCAAACUAAUAUCACCUUGAAAAUAAGUUAUGAAAGCAGACAAAAAAUUGAAAUUACAAUACGUUUGGUGAAUUCAUCUACUGAAAAUUGUCAGCAACCAAUGACACACUGUGCUGACAUAAAUAAAGACACAAAAUCGUCAUGUAUGUCUUCAUGUGGAAUAGGAUCUCCAUUGAAAUGUCAAUGGCGAGAAUCUCCGAAUCCUGAUGUAUUGUCAGUUAAUUAUUCAACUUGUACACCAGACAUGAAUACUUGCCCUGACGGAUUUUGUGACACUUUAGAAAGAAAAAACCUAUUAAUAUGCCCUCAAGAUUGUACUGAAGAUGUUUUUGGUACUGGAAUGAUGAAGGGAAAACGAGGGAUAUAUACUGCGACUGGAGUUUGUACUUGUGAUGAUAUUGGAAAGUGUACUUGUGAAAAGAAAACUAAAGGUGUAUUUAAAUCAAAGAAAAUAAUACCAGAAUAUAAGUAUAAUAAUACGCCUUUAACAACAGGUAUUGAUUUGUGCUAUAAUAAUUGGUGUGAUAGAAGCAUCAUAAUCAGUGCAAUUAUUCUAAUUUUAUUUGUGACCACUGGGAUUAUUUUAUACUUCUGCCGGAGUAGAUUUUCAAGUAUUUUUCAUAGUAAAAAAUUGAAUAGAAAUAUGAGAGAUUUAGGUGGAUUGAUUCCAAAUCGCGAUCUUGGUGAUUAUCAGCAUAGUCCAGGAAAUAGAGACACUUCAUUUAUCAAUAUGGAAUUUGAUCCAAAAUGGGAAUUUCCUAGAAGUAGACUUAUUGUUGAACAAAUCAUAGGAGAAGGAGAAUUUGGAAAAGUUUUAAGAGCACAAGCUAUAGACAUUUUUGAUAAAAAAGGCAUAUCAACAGUCGCAGUCAAAACUGUCAAAAAUGGAUCCGACAAAACAGAAAAAGAUGAUUUGUUAUCUGAGUACAAUUUAUUAAAAGAAGUCAACCAUCCAAAUGUUGUCAAACUAUUAGGAGCUUGUACGACACACGAUGGCCCAUUUUAUUUAAUAAUUGAAUAUGCUAAAUAUGGUUCAUUAAGAUCAUAUCUUCGGAAAAGUCGAAUCAUAGAUAAGAGUUUCGAUGGUAUAACAUCACAAACGGGUGAAAUACUUCAAAAUGAAAUAAGGCAAUCUUUUGCGUUACCGUUACAUCCCAUAACACCCAGAGAUAUAUUAAAAUUUGCAUGGCAAAUUUCUAAAGGAAUGACCUAUUUGGCAGAAAUUAAAUUAGUUCACAGAGAUUUGGCUGCUAGAAAUGUUUUAAUAGCUGAAGGAAAAGUAUGUAAAAUAUCUGAUUUUGGCUUAACUAGAGAUGUUUAUGAAGAUAACGCUUACUUAAAAAAAACAAAAGGAAGAGUUCCUGUUAAAUGGAUGGCACCUGAAUCAUUAUCUGAUCACAUAUAUACAAGUAGAUCAGAUGUUUGGAGUUUCGGUAUAUUAUUAUGGGAAUUAGUUACAUUAGGAUCAGUUCCAUAUCCUGGAAUAAUUGUACACGAUUUAUUCAAAUUACUAAAAGAGGGUUAUAGAAUGGAAAAACCUAACAACUGUUCAGAUGAACUCUAUGAAAUAAUGCUGAGUUGUUGGGCACAAGAUCAGUAUAGAAGACCUAGUUUUAAAUCACUAACAUUAACUUUGGAAAAAAUGCUUGAAAAUGGAAAUGAUUAUUUACAAUUAGACUUUAAACCAUUUGUUAAUAAUAUGUACUACUUUAUGAAAGAUGAUGAUUUGGAAUUGAACAAAAAAAUAUGUAUACAAAAUGAAAACAUUGACGAUCAGAUGUAUGAAACACCCAAAGAAAUAAAAGAAAUUGGUCUACCAUAUUUAACAAUGAAAGAUUUUGUUUUUGAACCACAACUAAAUACACAAAUUGUAUAACAAAUGAGAACUAUUAUUGAUAUGUACUGAUUUAAUUAGAUAUUUUAGUUCUCAAUAUAAAUGUUAUUUUUAUAUUUGUUUAAAUUUUAAGUAUUGAAUUUAAAAUUAAUUUCCUUAAAAAGCUUAUGUUUAUUUUUACUUUUAGUUUCGAAGCUAUUGGUUUUACUAUGUUAAAUAUUUUUUUUUUUUUACGUACUAUACAUAAUUACUUCUAUCAAACUCAACUGAUUUUGCUCAAUGGUACAUCAAAAGAUCACAAAAAAAAUCUAUUUGAAGCCAUCAACACUAUAACUUUGAAACCUUUCUACCAAUUACCGUAAAAAAGUAAAAUGUCCUAAAAAAUUACAGUUAU